AUGGAUGGGUUGGGGAAAUUCUUAUCUGUGCUUCAAAUUAUUAAUAAUAAGAUUCAAAAAGAUGAGCAAAAAGAUUUUGAAAAUCAAUAUGAAACUCCAGAACAACAAACAACCAAUAUCAAUAUUAAAUUGAAUCAAAUUGAAUUGACAUGUUAUGAUGGAGAGAAUAAAUUUGAAAUGAAAGUUUUAGUAACAGAAAAUGAAAAACAACCAUUCAUUAACAUCAUACAAGCUCAACAAACAACAAUCUCAGUUAAAGCAGAGAGGUUAGAAAUGGAAAUAGGAACAAAGAAAAGUAUAAUUCAAGACAUUGAUAUUACUAUCAAAGAAGGAAUAAAGAAAGAACCAAGUAUUGGAAUAAUGCAACCAUUAUUUAGAAAUGGAAAUGAUUCAACGAUGUUUCAUGAUAAUACUCGAGUUGAAGAUAUUCCAAUAGUAGAAAAUUUAUUUGUUCAAAUAAACCAAGAAGAAAUGAAUAAAUUAAAAAAGGUAUUUGAAAUGAGUGAGACUUGUAUUAUGGUGAAUAUUCAAAGAAUUAGUCUUGAUAUAGAAACAAAAGAACUUGUUGUAUUAAAUAAAAUUACAGAUUAUAUAACUAAAUUUAUCAUAGAAUGUUGUCAGAAAAUGUCAGAACCUAUUAAACAAGAAAAUGAUAUUCAACAAAGAGAAGAAAGAAGUAUUAUUGAAGAAGAAGAUAUUGUGUAUGAAAAAGGAUGUGAUUUUGAUAAAAUGAUCAAAAUAAUUCAAGAAAGGAAUAAAGCAGUAAGAGAUACAUACAUUUAUUGUAAUGUUGAUUGUAUUAAAAUUACAUUAAGAAAUAACACAGAGUCAAUGGAAAUGAAAAUGAAUGGUAUUGAAAUGAUUAAUCCACAAAAUAUCUUUGGAUUGGGACUAACUCUUACUUAUUAUCAAGUUGAAGAAAUAGAAAUUAAGAUGAAUUACAUCCAACGAGGUUGGAUAGAUAAAAUUGAAAAACAACAACAAACAAUAAUAAUGAAUGGUAGAAAUAGUUAUUUUACUUUUAUUAAUCAUGAAAUGACAAACACAGAAUUUGAAGAUGUUAUUCAUUGUUUCAAACAGAGAAAUUCACAAUGUAUUUAA